AACAGUGUGUUUUGGAUUGUGGCGGUGGAUGUUUAGCAACGGGCUGAACGUUUCACCACGUUUCGUCUAAAAAUAUUAUUAUUUAACAAAAGUUAAUCGGCCACAAAAGUAAAAAAAAAAAGCAAUAAUAAUAAUUAAAAAUAAUAAUAAUUGACUGGUGAUAUGCCAAGCAAAGAGUGUGAACGAUAACCAACCUACAACUGAAGACAUUCAUUUUCAUUAAGAAACUAAAAUGGCUUUCAGGAGAGAUCGAAAUAUUAGAGAUAUUUACGAGGAACGGUUUCCUCCUGAAAGAGGGGGUCCAUAUCCAAGAGGAGCUCGAGGGGACAGGAGACCUCCCUUUGGGCGGCCAGACGAGGAUUAUGGCCGUGGUUUUGAAUACGAUGGACCUCGGUUUAAUCCAAACAGUGCUCCUCGCAACUACCAUGGAGAGGAUCAGAGAGGAUAUCAUGGAGACAGCCAUCACUCAUUUCCAAAUGAGCACAGGGGUGGUCCACGCAGUCGAAGGGAAGACUUCCCGUACUACAGAGGGCAGCGAGAGGAGCCUCAUGGUGGACGUCAAAUUGACUUCAGACCGAGCAAUCGUGCAGGUCCUGCCCCGAAUAGUCGAGUCCAAGGUGCUUACCCUCCGGCCAGGUCUCUGCCUACAGUAGCCCCUGAUGCAGGAGACGACACCCUCAUACAGGCCAUAAUGAACAUGGACAGGGGCGAAGAGCGAGAGAACUUGAGAAGAAAGGCGCCCUUCCCUCCAGUACGUGAACGCUCUCCAACUCGGCGGGACGUCCCCCCUUCCCCUCACAGUCGGUCGGGGUCCAGCAGAAGCAGCCGCAGCUACACACCAGAGAAGGGCAAAGUGCACCCUUUCCCUCCCCAGCAGGGGAAAAGUAUAGACAGUCUGUCCAGCCUCUCUGCAUUUUACUUGGAGAAAUCUCAUUGGUGGGAUCUCCCACACACAGAUGGUACAAAGGGGUAUGAGGAGCCACUCGUGCCAGGAAGGGGAACGGACAGGGAAAGGCCCCCCGGCCCCUCCGUGAGUGCAUCACGUGACGGUUCGCCCCAUAGCGCCGUAUCAGCCACUAAGGAGGACGUGACUACGGUGGAAGGGCCCCCAGAUGAAGUUCCACCCACCGUUGAUGAAGCUUCCUCCGUCAUGGAUGAUGUUCAAGAACAACGAGCUCAAGCUAUUUCUGCCAAGGCUCAGGAAAUUGAGAAGGUCUUUCGUCAGGACUGUGAGACAUUUGGCAUGGUGGUGAAGAUGCUGGUGGCCAAAGAACCCAGCUUAGAGAAGCACCUGCAGAACCCACUUAAAGAGAAUCUGAUAGAGAUCCGCGAGCGAUGCCUCGAAGACUUGAGAAACUUCAUUGCUGAACUUGACGAGGUGGUACGACAGCCUGAACCUGCUGUCUGAGGUGGCCCCAUUUUAUUCAACCAGCAUUUUGGUUCUUUUUACCCCCAUGUACCUACACAAAAGUCAUUUUUUUAAUGGUUUAUGUAAAGGCCAUUGUACAUUGUGUACUCCGUGUCCAGCUAAAAUAAAUCUUCCUGGUCUGCAACAGGACAAGGAAAAUCUCUUUAUGCAUUUCAUUUAUGCAGUUCCAUUCAUCCACUGACACUAGUCAAUGCUAGGUUGUAUAAUCUUUUUGUAAUAUGUUAGAAAGCAAACACAAGGAAAGCAAUGCCAGAAGGUUUGCUUCUUUGAAGGUUAUUGCAGAAGUUAUAGAUAUUCAAUAUUAUUAACCCAUUGAAGAGAUUUACUAGAUGAUGGUGUUUGUUCUGAUCAAAUGUGUAUAAACUGAAAGGGUUCUAUGUUGUUGCCAAUCAAGUCACUCACAUUCAAACUAAUGAGAAAAGUUCAUGAAUGAACUAUGGUAAGUAAUCUUUAUGGGUUCAGCAAAUUGCUGCUGUCUGUAUUAAAGAAUCUUGAACCUACUAUAAUGCAUGUUUUUCCUUUUGAUUUAAGCCUUUUUGUGAUUUCAUGUUUGUAAUUAAAUAAAGGUGCUAUGUUUAGUAA